UAAAUUGAAAACGUAGUGUUUAAUAGACGGGAUUAUAACCAUUCUUGACAUUUUUACAUUGUCAAAACAAAGACGAUUAAGUAGGGGUCUGUACAAGGCACUGAAUGAAGGCUAACUUUGAAGAGAGCUCCAUAUAAACUGAUACGGAUGUAGUAAGAGAGUCUUGUUGCCAUACAGUAGCUUAAAAUGCCAUUCAAAACUAUGGUAAAUCAGUGUACACUAAUAAUCCUGUCCCUUUGGAUAGUGCCAUGUUUAACAGAGGAUGGGCAAAUGGUAUAUGUUGCUGGUGGGAGCAUGAGAAUGGGAACAAAUGAUGUUGAUGGACGAGACGGAGAGUCCCCUGCGAGAGAUGUGUCAGUCAAGCCGUUCAAAAUAGACAAAUAUCCCGUGACUAAUUCGGAUUUCAGGGAAUUUAUCAGAGCUCAGAAGUAUAAAACUGAAGCCGAAACGUUUGGAUGGAGUUUCGUGUUUCAGGAUUUUGUAUCUGAUGAGCUGAAGAGCAAGGUUACACAGAGAAUCGAGUCUGCCCCUUGGUGGUUACCAGUGGAGAAGGCAUAUUGGAGACAGCCUGCGGGCCCAGGGUCUGGUAUCAGGGACCGGCUGGAUUCUCCGGUGGUGCAGGUGAGCUGGAAUGAUGCUCAAGCUUACUGUAAAUGGAGAAUGAAGAGGCUUCCAUCAGAGGAAGAGUGGGAAUUCGCUGCUCGUGGAGGACUUGAUGGUAGGACAUAUCCCUGGGGAAAUAAGUUCCAGAAGAACCGGACUAAUUUAUGGCAGGGAAAAUUUCCUGAUGGAGACAUAGCAGAGGAUGGUUAUCAUGGCAUUGCACCUGUUGCUGCGUUUCCCCCUCAGAAUAACUAUGGAUUGUAUGACAUGCUGGGAAACGCCUGGGAGUGGACAUCCACGCCCUUUCCAGGUGCACAGACUAUGUACGUCUUGCGUGGUGCAUCUUGGAUCGACACGGCUGAUGGCUCAGCCAAUCACAAGGCUCGCGUCACUACCAGGAUGGGGAAUACUCCGGACUCAGCGUCUGAUAACCUAGGCUUCAGAUGUGCUGUUAGCCACAGUGUAAAGGAAGGGAAGACUAGGGCAAAAACUGACCUAUGAGGACUAAACAUUUAAGUAUUAAUGGAUACUGGUCCAGGACAUUAAUUCCAAGGGCAGAUCUAGGAGAAGUUGUCCAUUUGUUUUCAUUUUAAUGAUUACAAUGACAACAAUAAGCCAGUCCACCUCUGAGCUAUCAGAACAUGCCUACUCCAAUGACAGCUUUCUACUGUAUAAUAACCACACCCUCAUUUCUAUGGUAACAGUGUUCCAUGAAACAGAGUGCACCCACAGUCUGGAGACAGAAUUCUACCACUUCAGGAUCAUAAACAGUUUUAAAAGAGUUUUAUUUAUUCAUGUUACUUUAGUACUAAUAGCAAUACAUAAUUUAGUGCCUUUGUUCCUGAAUCAGCUUUCAAGGUGAAUUGUUUGGACCACAGCAUCUUUCUCCUGUGGAGAUUUGCACCAAAGGACCAACCGUGUCUUCCUUUCAGUGUCUCUUUGUUUUUUUCACAAAAUC